AAUAAUAAAGAACGUUAUAGUGCUUUUUUGAAAAAUCUUAUAAAAAUUAAUGUCCUGAUCAUCUAAUCGUAGAUAAAUCAUAAUGGAGCAGCAGCCAAAAUCAACGAUGAUAUUUAUAAAUCCAAAAUUUAAGAAUGCAUACAUAAAUCCGAAUUUCUUGAAAAGUAAUUCAAAUACAAUUCAUGUGAAUCCAAAAUUUUUGCAACAUAUGAAUGCUCAACAAAGUCUCCAGCAGCAACAAACUCAGGCCAUAAAUAUAGCACAAUCUAAACCAAUAGUUCCAGUUUUAAAUAGUAAUGCCAUUAUCAAGAAUACUAAAAGAUCUCUUAUAAGAGCUCCUGCUAAAAUCGAUAGUAAAAUUGCUCAAGGUCAAAAGUCAGUUCCAGUAAAUUAUGCAAAGAAAAUGAACUUGAUUAAAAUCAGUAACACAAAAUUAGUAAAUGCUUCACAUUUGAUGAAGGAACAGCAGAAGGAAAACGAGAAAAUUAAAAAGGCUACAGAAUCAAUCAUAAAAACAAAGAAGCUAAUGAAAAAGUCGGAAGCUGAGCAAUCAAUCUACAAAUUGGAUAGGACCAAAUCAAGUCCUGGAUUAGGGAAGAAGAAAAAGAGAAUUGUCAGUACAUAUUCAGUACGUCGAGUUGAUUCUGCUGAGAAACUUACACCAAAAAAAGUUCUCGUCACUGGCCAUAAAUUACUAAAGUCGGACAAUUCGUCUAGUCGUUCAUCAUCAAAGAACAAGAAAAUGUUAAUGGUUAAUAUUAAUGGUGUUUUAUAUCGAUCAACAAAUAAUAAGCUUGAAAAGAAUUCAAUUUCUCCGAAAAAGAAGGCUCCAGCAACGACUUCGAAUGAAAAGUUGCUCAUCAUUAGAGGUCAAAAAUUCGUCUUAGAUUCUUCAGGAACAAAACUUAAACGUGAUGGUGAGAAUGUUGAUAAGAAUCUAUCUAGGAUUGAUAUUGGUGGAUUAACAUAUAAGAAAAAAGCUUCAAACGGAUCGUACGAAAUAGACAACAGUCAUCAAGUUAGAAAUCAUUUAACAAUGGCUAAAACUAAAAGCAUAACACUUCUUCAGCGUGUUAAAGUUACGAAUAUGAUAUGUCCAGUUUAUCGUCGACUUGGAAAAUGUCUAGCUUAUGCAAAUGGAAGGUGCUCAAAAGUUCAUGAUCCACGCUACGUUAUUGUUUGUCCAAAUUUUAUUAAAGGAUCAUGUAAACAUGAAAAGUGCCUUCUUUCGCAUAAUGUAAAUCUUCAUAAAAUGCCAGUCUGCAAAUAUUAUCUCAAAGGGCAGUGUCUAAAGACUAAGGAAAACUGCUUGUAUCUUCAUAAGAAGUUAACUGAUGGAACCAAGCUUUGUGUAGAAUUUGUCAAGGGUUAUUGUCCAUUAGCGGACAAAUGUAAUUUACUGCAUGAUUUUCCGGAAAAUGGAAGUAAAAAGUAUUCUUAUGUACGGAAGAGUAAGGCUGAAAGUGGAAAAAAGAAGGAAGUUCCAGCACCAUCGAAUACUCCAAUUACACCGCAACCAACAACAGAUGCACGGUAUUUUGAAGAAUCUAGUUCAUCGUCUCAAGUAAUUCAAAAUAUACCUAAGCUUACCAAGACUGCUCCUUCAUUGCCAGAUUUCAUCAAAAUUUAGCUUUGGUUCCGUUAAGUUCAACAGAAUAUUUCUGUGAUUUUUUUUUAUUUUUGUCUUUUUUUAAUACGCUUCUUUAUCAGACGGAUGUUACGGUAAGUAGCUGAUAACAUUAUUUUUUUCCGUAAUCCACAAGUCGUUCAAAUUUUAUGGAAAAGAGCUUUAUGAUGCCAAU